AUGCUCACCGACUCGCAGCGGGACCGAUAUUUUGUAUCCUCUGGCGACAUCAUCCCGGGUCGCAAAACCACCUGGCACAUCGUGGACUGGGACCAGCGGCGCACAUUUGGUGUCACCGUGGAGCAGUACCGCUUCGACGAGGAGCUCGCCGUCGAGUACCUCCACAACCACAUCGACCAGAUCGAUGCUGAUGUUUGCCAUCUCUUCAUAACACCUGAUGGACAGCUCUUAAGGACAUCCGCCAGCCCGGAAGAUGACGUGGAGUGUUGCGUGGAAUACUUUCCAGUCGCCGAUCACCAUCUAGCACCGCGUGUGUCGACGAUUUGCCGGUCGCAACUCGAAGAGCUGGACAGAUUAGGUGCCAAUGUAGACUUGGUGUGCUACCGAGAAAAUGGAGCAUCAGAGCCGAAACAGGUGGCCUUCAAGUACUAUUUUGUCUCGCAGUUUCAGGAUCGGUUAUGGGACGAAAUGUAUUUGUGGAUGCGUCUUCCCAAACACCCCAACAUUGUGACUUUUGACCGCGUUGUCACGGACGAACUCGAAGGCCGCGUCGUCGGCUUUACGAGCCGUUUCAUCAAAGGCGACACCUUGGAAAAGAAUACAUCCAGGCCGUUUAAGCUAAAACACCUCCGGCAGCUUAUGGAUGUUGUAGAUGAGCUCAACCUCAAGUACAGGAUUGCUCAUCAAGACCUUGCACGCCGCAAUCUGCUACUCGAUGCCGAAACGGACAGCAUUAUGCUCUUUGACUUUGACAAUUCUGCCGCCAUUGGCCAAAUAUGCUACCGGGAAGACCGAGACGACGUCAAGGGUCUCAUAUUUACAGUGUACGAAAUUAUUACGGAGGACAUGUCCUUACGGAGCGUGCCGUUUGACGAGCAAAACAUGCACGACAUCAUCGCGCUGAAGGACCGGCCGAAGUAA